GAAGCUUCAAAAGAUGGUCCAUAACAUCAAGAAAAAUGAAAGUGGAAUAAUAAACAAGUUCAAAAAGUUCCAAAAUGAACAAGUGGCCUUAAUUUGCAAAACUGGGAAAGAUACUUGGGAUCGACUGAAAAAAAAACCUCCACCAAGUCUACCACAAAGGGACUAUGCUUCAGAACGUGCAGACAAUGAAGAGGAACAAUGGUCAGAUGAUUUUGACAGUGAUUAUGAAAAUCCAGAUGAUCACUCUGACUCUGAGAUGUAUGUGGUCCCCAGUGAAGAGAAUCCUGAUGACAGCUAUGAGCCGCCUCCAAGUGAGCAGGAGAAAAAGAAGAUUCCCUCUGCAUUCCCUAUUUCUAGGGGUGAAUACGCAGACAAUCGCACCAGUCACCAGCAGCUUCCUCCCAUCAAAAAACUUCUCCCAACUACACCCAGUCCAGCCACGUCCAGACCAAAGAAACCAUCUCUGCCAGUGCCGCCAUCUGCUGCAAAACCAAAAGUACCACCGAAGCCUAAGGAGUGUAGUGAUGAUGAGGAUAAUUACAUUGUACCAGUGGACAAUGACAAUGAUAACUAUAUUGAACCCACAGAAAGCAGCACGCCACUACCUACAAGACCUCCUGUGAACAGGUUUAUGAAGACGACAAAGUCAGCCCCCCCUACUUCUUCAAAGCCUUCCCUUACUUCUGAUAUGCAAGAAGUCUACGAAGUUCCUGAAGAAGAGGAAAAACCAUCACCACCACCAGUAACCAGGUUCACUAAGCCACUUCCAUCUACGCCUGCUCAGAACGCAGAGCACUCCCACAUGCACAGCAUGACUAGAGAGUCACCUAGGCUGGAUACUUCCAGAAAUAUUUUGCCUCUUCCCAGAAAUCGUCUUCAUCCAAAAGCAGACCAUGAAGCAAACAAUAAUGAUGAAAAUCAUAGCUUCAGUAACACACAAGAAUCCAGACUUCCCGCUGGAGCAGCUCCAUCUCCAUUACCAAGGGGCAUAAAGAAAACUCGUAAUGCAGUAAAUUCAACAAAACCAUGUUUACCUUCCAGAGAGAUUUUAACUGCAAAUGAAGAAAAAUCUACAGCAGCAGAACGACGGCGAGGUUCCAGCCAAGAGCUUCCUCUUCCACCCCUUCCAAGUGGUGCCCAAAAGCCUUUGCUGCAAAAGACCUCAAUUCUGCCAAAAGUGCCAGAAGCUGCAAGCCGCUCUCUGGGUAGUUCCCCUCACAGCAGCAUUUCAUCUAUUUCAAGUACUGCAGACCAG